AUGAGCAAAGAUAGAGAAAGAACAGAAAAGAAAACGGAGGCUAUGAAGCAAAAAAUGAAAGACGAGCCAAAAAAAAGUUUCAAUUUAAAACAAAUCAGAAGUAGAGAUAGAAAAAUUGAGAUGGAUGCAAAAAAGGCGAAACCAAACGAAGAAAAAAUUACAAGUUUUUCUAUAAAAAGGGUUACUAAACACAAAUUACACGAAAUCUAA